AUGAGGGCGCAGUACUUCUCGCUCAACGGCGAUGGCCAGACUCGCUUCUCCUUCACCAUGCCGCGCGUGCCCUUCUCCCUCCCGAGUCUACCCAUCUCCGUACCACAUCGCAUACGGCGCCGCUUCCGGUCGACGAGGUCCAAGAUACGAUCACGACAAGCACCCACCUCGUCGAUAGCCUCUCUCGAGACCUCCUUCAACCCUGCAGACACCAUCCGAGCGUCACGAACACAUCAUUGGAGCUAUUAUGAUGCGCAAUAUCUCUUCCUGGCGAUAGUAGGCAUAUUCAGCUUGUGCAUGAUCGAGACACCGGGAUCUCUACAAAAGAGCGUAGUCGCAACGCUGCUCAUGACCAGCUUAGUGAUACCGAUCACGCGGCAGUUCUUCCUGCCAUUCCUACCGAUAGCAGGCUGGCUCAUCCUCUUCUACGCAUGUCAGUUCAUCCCAGGCGAGUAUAGACCAGGCAUUUGGGUACGAGUCCUUCCGGCAUUGGAGAACAUUCUCUACGGCGCAAACCUCAGCAACAUCCUGUCAGCACACAAAAGCGCCGUGCUAGACGUGCUCGCGUGGUUACCAUAUGGUAUCACACAUUUUGGCGCACCAUUCGUCUGCACUGGACUGAUGUUCAUCUUUGGCCCACCAAGCACCGCGCCCACAUUCGCAAGGGCUUUCGGAUACAUGAACAUGGCUGGUGUCAUGAUUCAGAUCUUGUUCCCCUGCAGUGCUCCAUGGUACGAGAACAUGUACGGUCUGGCUCCAGCGAACUACUCGAUACCCGGAUCGCCUGCUGGUCUGGCCGCAAUUGACAAGCUCUUCGGCAUCGAUCUGUACACCUCAACAUUCACGGCGUCCCCACUCGUGUUUGGCGCCUUUCCAUCGCUACACUCGGCGAAUGCGACCAUUGAGGCCCUCUUCAUGUCACACACCUUCCCCAAACUACGACCACUGUUCGUCCUGUACGCCCUCUGGAUGUGGUAUGCGACCAUGUACCUGAGCCAUCACUACGCUAUCGAUCUUGUUGGUGGAAGCUGCAUCGCCGCGAUUGCAUACUUCACCGCAAAGGGUAGCUUCCUGCCACGGUUACAGCCUGGAAAGAUGUUCCGGUGGGACUACGAUUAUGUCGAGUUUGGCGAGGAGAAGGAUGCGUAUGCUUACGGCAUCAACGACAUGGACGAGUAUGAGCUCGCACUGCACGGCGACAGCGACGAGUGGACGAUAGGCUCAUCCUCCAGCUUUUCGAGCAGCAGCCGCGAGCCGUCAACUGGCAUGCGAUCACCCGUGUCUGACCACGAAUCAUGGGAAGGCGACACAUUAGCGUCCGCAUCCGACAACGAGUAUCAGAAAGCAUAA